CAGAGGCGAACCCCAGCUGAUCCUCGUCUCCCGUCAGCUGUUCCUCGAGAGAGAGAGAGAGUGACAGAGGGGGAGAGGGAGAGAAUGGCACGGCUCCUGGCACUGCUGGCACUGGUGGUGGUGGUCUGGGCGCUGCCUGGUCACUGCUGGGACUCGGAGGAGAUGGAGCUUUUCGAUUUGGUGGAGGAAGUCGGGGAGAAUUUCUAUGAAGUUCUGGGGAUUUCGCAGGAUGCAACAACAACAGAAGUUAAAAAGGCGUACCGUCGACUGUCCCUUCAGCUUCAUCCUGAUAAGAAUGAUGCACCAGAUGCUGAUGUUAAAUUUAGGCAGCUUGUUUCUAUAUACGACGUCCUUCGGGAUGAAGGGCGAAGGGCUCGUUAUGAGAAAGUCUUAGUGGAGGGCUUGCCUGACUGGCGCUCUCCUAUAUACUAUUACCGCCGUGCUCGCAAAAUGUCCCUGCUGGAAAUUUCAAUCAUCUUGACGGUUGUUAUAUCCAUAACACAGUAUCUUAUGGCCUGGGGUUCAUAUAUUGAUAAGAAGCAUAGUUUGGAAGAGUUCCUCAUUCGAAAGUACAAGAUCAAAGACCGCAAAAAGAGGAAGGGUGAGGACCUGCAGAAUAUAUCAAAGAUGGAGGAAGAGCUGAGUCUCAUCCCAAAACCAAGCUGGUGGAACAUUUUACCCAUUCAGCUGGUCAAACUGGUAAUUUUCCUGGUAACUGGAGGACCUGGCAUUGUGCGAGAGAUACUGGCUGGGAUCCAGAGAGAAAAGGAGAGAAAAUUGAAGGAGAAGGAAGAACACGAGUUAGAAGAGAAAAGACUCAAGGAAGAGGAAGAAAAACGUAAAGAGAAGAAGGCCAGCAGAAAGGAGGCCCGCAAGAGGGUGACUCAAUAUCCCGAAUACUCUGGUGGAGAGUGCAUCCUGGAGGCAGUGGAUGGUCCUGACUCCGAGGAUAGGGUUCUCAGAAAGCCCAAACCAGAACCGUCCUCCAUUCCUGUAAUCACAGGAGGCCCCUGGACAGAUGAGGAAUUCUCUGAACUUGCACGACUCAUGGCCAAAUAUCCAGGCGGGACUGUGGACAGAUGGGAGCGCAUUGCAGAGACAAUGGGUCGCACUGUCUAUGAGGUCACUAAGAUGUCCGAGAAGGUGAAAGCCCGACUUGCACAGCGAUUCUCGGAUAUGAAAUCUGAAGAAUCUGCGAGUGAGGUUAAGGUAAAAGUGAAGACAAGGGCAGAGAAAACAGACUUAGCUGCCGGCAGUGAUGAGGCCUGGAACACAAUCCAGCAGAAAGCCCUCGAGAAAGCGCUGAAACAGUUUCCAAAGGGCACCGAUCAGAGAUGGGACAGAAUUGCAAAUGCUGUUCCUGAGAAAACUAAGGAGGAAUGCAUGCUACGCUUUAAAUUUCUGGCAGAGAAGAUUCGCAAGAAGAAGGAGGAAGCUGAGAAACACCCAGAUGAUGACCAGCAUAAUGAAGAACAGUCUGAGAACACACAUGAAGAGGAACUGGACGAGGCAGAACUCGAGUGUAAACCAAGCAGUAAAAAUAACCUCAUAAAAACAAAUAGCACAAAGGGAAAUUCCUUACCAGGGGACGACAGAGAGGAAGUUAGUCUAGACCAGAAUGAAGAAGGGGAGGAGGACAAUACUGAGUGACUCUAAACUCCUAGGUAAACAGUGGUUAUUUUUACUUCUCCUUAGAGAGUUGUUAUAUUUUGAUACAGUGUUAAACAUAGGGUAAUUUAUACAACUUUAGAUAGGAUAAAAUGAUGAUGUUUGUAUGACAAGGUGCUGGAAAUUGUGGUAGUGAGUUAUCAUCACUCUAUUUUACACUGAGUAAAAUGCUUACAUUAAUACCAUGCUGUUGAGGUAUAUAUUUGUUUCAUAUUGAUGACUUACAAAAAUUGAAGGGAAGACAAUAUUGUGGACUCUGUUACCAUACUUUUAGGUGUACUUUAAACUGAAUUGCAGUGCUGUUUUGGAAGGUAAUAUUAUGGACUCUCGCACCUUAAUUCUAGGUGUACUUCAAACUGAAUUGCAGUGGUGUUUCUCUUCUUCCUUGAAAAUGUUUAUUAAAAAAAAACAUUUUUCCUUCUUGUGGAAAGCAAAUGACUCUCUAUUAGAAAUUAAGAAAAAGAAUGUGAAAAUCUGAAAUAAAAGAUAAAUUUUGAAGGAGUAUUAAAAGAAAAAUAUCUCGGAAUUUAUUGUUGAAGGAGUAUUAAAAGAAAAAUUUCUCGGAAUUUAUUGUUGAAGGAGUAUUAAAAGAAAAAUAUCUCGGAAUUUAUUGUUGAAGGAGUAUUAAAAGAAAAAUAUCUCGGAAUUUAUUGUUGAAGGAGUAUUAAAAGAAAAAUAUCUCGGAAUUUAUAGAUCUGAAGACGUACUUGUUUGUCAAAUCCAAAAUUAGAGGGCUUAGCAUUUCUUGAAUUAGAAGUUACAGUGUGUUUUUCUUGAAUGCAUGGAUGCCUGUAGAAGUAGAGAUAGAACUUUUGAGACCAUUCAUUUCAUAUCACUUUUAUCAUUAGUUCAUAGAGAUUGAUAUAAUGUAUAUACACAUUUAUGUAUUCAAAGGUUUUUAUGGGAUUAGUUCAUCCUUGUAAAUGGAAAGAAAGUCAUUAUUAUGUCAAUUUUGUGUUGCUUUCAGUUAUUUCAAUACAACCAAAUCAGUUUUGGCUUUAUGUUACUGGGAAUAUUAAUGUUUAGUGAGAUUUUUCUACAUAUUUGUAGAUCAGUGGAAUUUGAUUUACUUUUUUUUUUUUUUUUUUUUUUUUUUUUUUCUUUAACUGUGUCAUUGUGUUUUUUCUCACGGAUUGGAAAAUGUCCACUGAAUGUCAGUAAUAUGAUUAUUGUAAUCACUCUUAAUCAUCUUCAGAUAAAAAGUGGUGCUAUACAAAGGUUUUAUUCAAUAAUGCCCAUUUCUCCUAAGCAAGUGAAUUACCUUUGGUGUACAGGACAAAUUCAUGAACUCUUUAUAAGAGUUUUAUAAGUCUCAUGUAGUCUCUCUUAAACGUGGUGUUCAGAGUUCUCUUAGGAGCAUCUUGUACUUUUAUACUUGCCAGGGCGGAAUCCUGAUAAUGUGUCUAUACAUGGCUCAGCAUUCAUGUCUGUAUGGAUGUAGAUAUAGUGUAAUGAGUCAGUGUUGGUAAAUUGGGGAUUUGUAUAUGGGUGUUUACAGACAGACUCAGAUGCCACUCUUGUAAUACUAAUAUAUCUUGUUGAACUGUCAAUGAAUGUGAGUUUCCCUUAUUGCAAGUUGAUAUACAAUGAUUUGUUUUUGCCCAUUUAAAAAAAAAAAAAAAGUGAAAAGUUAAGACUGGAGUGAUAUUAGAGAGCAAGUUGAUUCAAGGGCAAAUUUGAGUGGGGUAUGAUAUUUGAGAGUAAUUUGAUUUGAGGGCCUAAGAGUUCAGUCAUUUUUAGCAAUAAGGAUCACUAUUGAUGACUGCAUCAUAGGAGCCAGAUUGUUACACACAUUUAUACAUAUACAAAUACAUUUUACAUGUAAAUACUGUUAAACUUGCAUACAAGUCCUGCUAACCUAUAUGAACAAACACACGUAUACACAUUGAGUCUGGCAGUUUAUGCACAUACUGUAUAUACGUGUAACUCGUCAAGUCUUUCCCAUCUAUUACUUGUAGGGUUCCAUGUGUUUUUCUAUCCAUAACGUUCAUCUAUAUAAAGUCAUACAUACAAGUAUCUGGUACCCUAGUCAAUUAGAGAGACCAAAUAUUCUAUGCUUUCUUUUUUUCUUUCUUUUCUCUUUUUCUUUAUGGAAUUGUGUAGAUUAAUUGGAAAUUUUAUGAGCACUGUAAUUCUCCUUUACUAAGUUACGAUGCCAAAUAUUUCUUUUUCCAGCCCCGAGUCCUGUGAUGUUAUUGUUACUGGAAUAAAUAUGUCCUAUAAAA